AUGGAUUCUAAGAAGGUGAUUACUGCUGCUAAUCAUCUAACAAAUGAUCUAGUGGUGGAAAUCCUCUCUCGGGUGCUGUUCAAGACUUUUUGCCGCAUUAAAUGUGUAUGCAAGGCAUGGCUCGCCUUCCCUUCUGAUCCUCACUACAACCGGAAGCUGCCAAAAAUUCCCACCGGUGUUUUGUGCAAAGGCCAUAACGGGUCUUCUAUCCAAGUUGUUAACAUGUCCCCAGACGACAAGAAAAUUGAUGGAACUCUUAGAUUCAUACCACAUCACGAGCAAUUACAAGUUGUGGAUUGUUCCAAUGGCCUAGUCCUUUGCCGCUACAAGAGCUUCUAUACUUUUGGAAAUACUUGUCGCUUCAUUGUGUGCAACCCAGCAACACAAGAGUGGAGAGCUCUUCCUGUUUCUAACACUAACAAUCACCCAUAUGUCUCAAAUUACUCCCGUUGUACAACUUUUCUCACCUUUGAUCCGUCGUGGUCGCCACAGUUCUACGUCUUCAACUUUCUGCAGAAUGCCAAAGGUCGGCCAAUGGGUAUAAGGAAACUUGAGGUGUUCUCUUCUGAACUUUUCACCUGGCUAGUGGAUGAUGCAUGGAGCUCGGAUCAUAGGCUACGGUUUAAGAACCCACACAGUUUUGUAGGUGGUGUGUUGCAUGUGCAGACCAACAAAACAAACGAGAUUCUUGUGGUUCAAGGCCUGGAGGCAAUGAGUUCUGGCGUGGUGCCUUGUCAUUACAUUAUCCGGCCUCCAGAAAACUGUUUGGGUGGUUGCUUUGGCCAAUCUUUGGGGGUCUUGCAGUGGGCAUGUCCAGAGGAGAGUGGCCACGUAAUUAAAAUUUUCCACCUUGAUGCUUAUCGCCCUUGCAAGUGGUCUCUUAAGCAUCGUCUUCGCAUACGGGAUGCAUUUGAAAGGGACGACUUUGUUCCCAUUGAAGAGUACCUACAGUGGUUAUGUGAUUUUGAGAUUGUUGCUCUUGACUUUGAAAGGGGUGUUAUCUUCCUCUUCGAGAAGUACGAAAAAAAGCUUUUGUGGUAUAACAUCAACACUGGGAAGCUUAAUGAGAUCAAAGAUGAUCGGUUCACCCAUGGAUGUGAGUACUAUUCUUAUGUGUCAUGCUACUCAAAGCUUCCGGCCUGA